ACACAUCACACAUCUGGGGGGGGGGGGGGAGUUAUAUAAGAACUAAAAACGUUAUUCGAAAUUUAUAAAUCUGAGCUUUUUCGAGCGUUUAAGAUUUAUCAUACAGAAAUAAAAACUCAGCAUUGUUAUGAUUUCGCUGUUGUUGCCAUACUCAUUCAGUAUGAAAAUUCGUACAAUGCCAAGACUCUAUCAAGAAAGAAAGCUAUAAAAUUGUCAUAAUUUGCAGACGUAACCAAUGAUGGCGCCUGUACAACUUAUUUGCUUGAUUUUGUCCAUAUUAACGACAGCAACAAACUGUCUGGAUAAACAAGGCAUUCAACGGCUCAAAAAGAACUUCAACGAUAGCAUUUCAGUUUUGGAUGAUCGAGUUGAUUGUAGUGUCGUCGUCGCGAGAGAAAACAACGGGUGCUUGUUGCAGGGUUUCACAGAUAAAUGCGUCAUCCUUCCAACUUUGAAGCUGCUACAAUCUGUACUGUUUCCUUAUAUUCACUUAGAAAAAGCUUCAGGUGGUUUCAUCAAAAACAUCAAACUUCGCGUUGAAAUGUACUCUCUCAAUGUAUGCGACGAAACGAGUCCAUUUUUUCAAAUAUCACUGACCAGCUUGGAAUCAUAUGAGCUUGCCGAACGAUACCUGAUUGUUGACCAAUUAAAAUUCAAUAUAAGGUUCUCCACAAUAGAAGGAACAGUAAACGGUCUUGCCGAUGUCACUAUAUCACAUGGUGAAGCGCAAACGAUGAUUGGUGGAAACAACCUCACUAUUGCGCUAAAUUCUGGAAAAGGAAAACGUGUAUUAAAUUAUGAAUUCGCUGCCGAUGUACUGCCAUUGGAAGAAAUUCUGAAAAAGUUCCAUUUGACAAGUUUAGAGUCCACGUUUGGUAAGGAAGUGGUAGAUGAGAAAAGGUUAUCCCUGUUACAAUUUAUUGAUUUAAAAGCUGUCGGGUACUCAACACCAGGAAAAGCCUUUGAGUUUGAAUUAUCUGGAAACGUUAAUGGUCCUGAUAGUUUUUCUGCAGCUUCAAAGGUCUUUCUUAUCAUGCAGAAGUACACUCACGAGCUAAAAGAUGUCAAAUGCUUACUGUUUGCUUUACUAGAAGACCAGACCCCUCUUACGUUCUAUAGGAUUUCACGUUUGGGUGAAAUCGAUUCAAACAUUCCAUUUCUAAAUUCAGUUGAUGGUAAAAUUGCAUUGGUCAUUUCUAAUGCUGACUUUCUUGCUUUUAACAAUGAGGGAAUAAAGCAUACGGUGAAUAUGUUUACAACAGAAUCAAAUUCAGGAAAUAUCGUCAGCAAAGGUUCAAAGUUUAUAUAUAGGCUUCAACGUGUUGAUGUUGAUAAUGAUAACGAUGGGAACAGCACAAGCGUUGAUUCUGAUGAUGCGACUGAAAUGUUAGAAGAUUCUGCAAAAUCUGGCUUAAAAUAUGAGCCAACACCAACAAUGAAAACCACAACAAAACCUCUCACGACCACGUGGAAGUUAAAGACAACCAAAACAAAACAUGAUGGAUACUCGUCAAGUGCGUUGGAGAGACAGCAAGCAACUUAUCAACACAAGUCACAAUCAUUUCCACAACAACAACAACAACAACAACGUAAACAAAAACAAUACCAAUAUAACAAACAAUCCAAUAUGGCGCAAUCCUAUUCAUACCCACCACAACAAAUAUGGUAUCCGAAUCAACGGAAUUAUCAACAGCGACAAUACCUCAGUUACCCAAAUAAUGGUUACUACAAUGUUAGAAGCAAGCGAGAGCCAGGAGACAGUUACGAGAAUGAAGAAAUCAUCAAAAAUAUUAUGAAAAACGAAAAUACAUCUUCGGAUAAAGAACUUUCCUUUCAGUCCGAGACGAGAUAUCUUGUGUUUGAAAUGGAAGUAAAUAAAGAUUCCGUUUUGAUCCAACCAAAACAAGAUGUUUCUGGAAAUUUUGCAGACAUGAUGGCUUACAUAUUAGGUGAUAAAUACGCAGCAGGGAGAGAUGAAGUGCCAAUUAAAGAAGAAAGUGAUGUGUAUCUACAAAGUGUCGAGCUCUUCAAUGUUGAUAGUAUGAUGGAUGUAAAGAUGGAUUUGAUACAAUCAGAACCAUUAGUGGUAGCGCCAGACUUUCUCGAGUUGAAAGAAAUAGGUCUCUCGGUCUCUCGUUCUAUUUCUUCAAACAAUAAAUGGCGACUUGCUAAAGGAACUUCCAAAAACGACGAAAGCGAUACAAAUAUAGUAUACAAUGUUUUCACAAAAAAUUAUUUUAUAACUGGUCAGCUUGAAGUUUAUGCACAAGACGAAUUGGAAAACAAAACUAACCAAGCUCCUUUACCAACCAAAUAUCAACAAAUCUUUCCUGAGCUGACCAAAUUCCCUUACAACAAUGCUACCUUCAAGAUGGAGUUGAAUAAAAAUGGAACAGGAUUCACUGUCAUUGAAGCGGAAUCCUUAAUGUUUGAUACGAAGAAAGUUGCGAUCGAGAGUGUCAUAUGGAAAGACGAAAAAAUUGAAGGGCUCACGACUGGUAUCAUUGUAAAAAAUAUUGACCUGAAUGACUUUUUGUUCAGUCUUUACAGUAAACGUAUGCUGAAGAUAUGUUGGUUAAAAAUGAAAGAAUUAGUGAUCAUUUUCAGCACGAAACAAAACAAUAGUAUGGACGGAAUGUUUCUUUCCAACGUGAAAGGCAUUGAUCUGUCUAAAGAUGAUAUAAUUGUGGUAAAGGGAAGCCUCGAUGUCAACCUAAAAACCGGCUGUCUCGAUGAACCAGUCUGCAAUUUCAUUAAAAAUCACAUUCUUCAUGAAUUAUCAUUAAAUUUAGAGGGACGUAUUUUAACCACAUCGUAUAUGUUUACAGCAGCAUUAGAAGGUGUGUCGAUACCAUUUGGUGAUACUUGGGGAAUGAGCCAGUUAAUGUUAACAAUUGCAGGGACAAGCGAAAAGGAUUCUGGGAUUACAUUAGCAGGAACUAUUAUUCAUGCAGAAACAAAGCGAAUCGGAAAAUUUUUUGUUGGAGAGGAUAAAUUUCUAAAGCGAAAUACAUUAGAAAUUAUAUUUGAAACGCCAUGGAGAUCAUUUCUUGGGUUUCCAAUGCUGACUGUAAAAGGUAUGGUAUCUGAAAUGGAUAUAAGUGGAGAUAAAAAGCUGAAAGACCUAGCGUUUACAGCAACAAUGGAAGUUGGCAACUCAAACACACCAAUCGUAAUUGAGAAUGCAAUUGUCGUCAUGGAUAUGAAACGGGCGCAUUCUGCAGAAAAUGAUGUCAUAUACGGCUCAUUAAAAAACGUCUCAAUGAUUCAAUUUGGAAAAGCAUUCAAAUCAGCGAAAUUGGAUCAACUGAGUCGAAAGUUUGCUUUCAAUCAUGAGUUAAGGGUAUGCUUCACCAACAAUGAAAAAGGUUUUCAAGUAGAAGAAUUUGGAGGAUUUAAAUUUGAUCCAACUUGUAAUGCUAUAGGCAGCAUCAACACAUUCGCAGGGAAUGUUACAGCUCAAUUUACACUGAACAGAAAAUUAAAAAUGCGUUUUCAAUCAAAACGUUUAAAAUACAACGAUGAAAACUUGAUAAUUCAGAAAAGUGAGAAAAACAUAAAAGAUGGACCGGAAUUUACGUUUCAAUUCAUUGACGGCAAGAAUACUACAACAUCGAAAACUUCAGUGAAGGGUUAUAUGGAAACAGUUGGUUUUAAAGGUCCAUUCAAUAGUAAUUUACAGAACAGUCGGUUUAGUCAUCAAUUUUCAGCGUAUUUGUUUGAUGAGGUCAAAAUGUUAGUCAACAUUACUGGUAAAAUUGAUCAGCAUAUGAACGAUACAAAGUUUACGACAAAGCUUGACCAAGUAACAGCGUUACCGGAAAUUAAGCGCAAGUUACGCCAUAUUAUCAAAAAAGAGACUGAUUUCGUUACGAACAACCUUAUCAGACGAAUGGAACUCUUAGAAAAAGAAAUUCUCAAAGUAAUUAACAAUAUUCAAAACGAUGAAAUCAAAUUAACAUCAGAAAUUCGAGAGAAAAAGAGUAAUGUUUUUAAAAGAAGAUUUAGUAUUGAGAAAUUAAAUGAAGUGAUCAAACAGGAUUGCACAGAAAGUUGUGGAAAGGAAUGUGUCACUGCACUGGAUUGGGACCACGAUUGUUCCACUGUCAGAAAUCAGAAAUUUGGAUGCUUAAAAUGGAAGACCUGUCAGGCCCAGGCAUCGGAUACUAGAUGUAUCGCAAAAUGUGAAGCAGCAAAAAUACCUGCCACCAUCACUGCUCAUGAAAAAAGAGAUGGCAUAAGGUAUCUUUCUGAAGAAAUCAUCCAGACGCGAAAGUUGGCUGGCAUAAAAGACAAAUUAAUAAAAAAAGGUAGAAAUUUACAUGCUGAAGCAAGAAGGAAGACAGAUUACUUUAAGGACAGGUUAUACUUCUUGACAAGCAUCAACCCAUCAAUAAAAGCCUUAUUUUCCUUCACUACACCCAUGACGCCUGCAUCAUCGCAACAGCUUUCCAAUAUGACGUCACCGUGUUUGUAUUAUGACGCCAUCGAAUACAAAUUUCUUAGUCAGACUUAUACGGUUAAAAAUAAAGAGAUAUGCAUGAAUGGAAAUUACUUCAGAGAUUUAGCUGAGGUGAUAUUAGAAGGAGUCGGUAAGGGGUUUGGACAGCUGCCUGAAAUAAAAGAUGAAAUUACAAAAGACAUUAUAAACUUACAGAAUAAUUUGAAUACAUUCAAAGAAAAAUACAGUAGGCAGUUAGAAAGAGAGAAAGAUGAAGUUAAUGGAGAUGAAGAUGAUGAUGAUGAUGAUGAGGAUGACGACGAGGAUGAUUAUAAGGAGGAAAAGGAGGACAAAACAAACUCCGGUCAAACAAAAAGGCCAUCUGAAAUACCAAUGGAAUCUUCCAACAUAACAGGAAGUGUGUUUAGUGACGCGUUUCCGCUUUAUCAAGCGUCCAAAAGGAGUGAAGUAACAGACGAAGACGAAAACAAAGAGAUAUUAGAAGCUACCGAAGCUGAUAUAGCUCAUUACGUCAUCAAAGGUUCAAAAACAUUCGCUGCGUUCGAAACAGAUGCACCAUGGAUAUAUAUGAACAAAAAACGUGGAAUAACCAUACCAGCCCUGGGAAUGCUCUCCCUCAAAAACUCCUCCUUUGAUGAUCAUUGCACCAAAAGAAACGACGCUAUUGAACACUUCGAAGAUCUGGCGAGCAGUCUGAAUGACAUCAAACUGGCUUAUGAAGAAGGAAAAACAUCCUUAGAAAAAGAAAGAACCCGUCUUUUAAAUGACAGAAGAGAUGUUGAUGAUGAAAUCACAAAUGCCAAAAAUUCAAUACAGUCAAUCCUGGAAAGAAAUGAUAUGAUCUAUUGGUUAAAAUCAUACAAAGACGGAAUUACUGAAUAUCUCGAGUCUGCAAAGAAACAAUUGGAGCAUCAAAAUAAAGUGAGUUUGAAAUAUUGGUUGACGCAGCUGGAUUCUGCAGUCCGAGCGAAUAUCGCACGUACAUCAGUAAAAUACUUUGAAAAACUGAGACUUAAUGUGGUUAAAUCGAAUUAUGCAGCUAAACGGAGCAAAAUAGCUGGUGAAGAAGCCUUAGAUAGUGUCACAAAGGAGUUCAUCACUAUUGCACAAAAAGAACUAUCGCUCUCCGAACUGAAUGGGAGGCUUACAAAGAUCUCAAAACAGCUUGAUGUUUUUAAACGUUCGUCUCUAACCUGCGCACCAUAAAAAGACUGCAGAAGUUAUCCUUACUAUUCUAUCUAAAUAAUGCGUUGAAUCUUCAAUUUUUUUAAAAGAUCCAGAAGAAUCCGAGUUUUUUUAAAAUAUCUAAACUUUGUAUAUAAAUUUAAAAAAUUGAAAAUAUUGAAA